GUAGAGUAAACGCCCGGUCCUGCACACACACGACCUGGCAACACGUGCGGCGAGGAAUUUAUUUGUUAAUUUAUUUGAGUGAAGCCUUUCAUAAGUGUGAAAUAACAAAAUGGGAGCAAAAAGGAAGAAGAAGGGAGAGUCAGGAGAGGCAACAAAAUACAUCACAAGAAAUGCAGCUGUCAAGAAGUUACAGCUCUCCUUGAAAGAUUUCCGGCGAUUGUGUAUUCUGAAAGGCAUAUAUCCACGUGAGCCAAACCACAGAAGAAAGGCACAGAAAGGAGACUCCAGGAUCAAGACCCUUUUCCUUGUGAAAGACAUUAGAUAUCUUCUUCAUGAACCAAUUAUCUGGAAGUUUAGGGAGCUUAGGACAUUCUUGAUAAAAACAAGCAAGGCAAAAGCUAGAAAGGAACGCGAUAAAGUAGAAAACCUGUACAAGAAUCCGCCAUUUUAUCGACUGGACCACAUCGUACAAGAGCGAUACCCUACCUUUGUUGAUGCCCUGCAAGAUCUGGACGAUCCUCUCACACUAUGCGUUCUCUUCUCCAAAAUGGCACGAACAUGGCGAAUACAGGAUGUGAUGCUGCAUAUUUGUCGUCGGUUGACUGUGGAGUUCAUGCAUUACGUCAUAGAAACACAAGGAUUAAGGAAGGCCUUCAUCUCCGUCAAAGGUUAUUAUUAUCAAGUAGAAGUAAUGGGACAAACAAUCACCUGGAUUGCACCACAUCCUUUCACUCCCCUGCCUACAACAGAUGUUGAUCUUCGUGUCAUGACUGUCUUCCUUGAUUUCUACAUCACAUUGUUGGGCUUUGUUAAUUUCCGACUCUAUCAUAGCCUGAAUAUCCACUACCCACCCAAGUUACAAGGCAUGAAGAGAGGUGAAGAAGAAGAGGAAGCAAGUGAGAGUUCAAUUGUAUCAGGGCGUGUAGCAUCACUGAAUAUCCCUCUGCAGAGAAAUAAAGUAGACGAUAAUGAUGAAGAGGGUGGCAUUGAUAUGCACCUGUUGGAAGAGGAUGAAGACAAGUUAAAGGCAGCACGAGAGGAACAGCAAAAGAAAAAGAAACAGCAGUCUCUCUUCAAGGGGCUUAAGUUCUUCCUGAACCGUGAGACUAACUUAGAGUCUCUCACUUUUGUCAUCAGGUCCUGCAUGGGAGAGGUAUCUUGGCAAAGUAGUACAGCUGAAGGCAGCACCUUCUUGGAGACAGAUGAGGCAAUCACACAUCAGAUUGUUGACAGACCGAUGCACCAACAAAAUUAUUUGUCCAGGUAUUACAUUCAACCUCAGUGGGUCUACGACUGUGUCAAUGCUCGUCUACUUCUUCCAGUCCAGGAUUACUUCCCAGGAGUUAACCUUCCAGCACAUCUUUCACCAUUUGAAAAAGAAAAUGACUUGUAUAUUCCACCAGAAAAGAAACUGCUUAUGGCUCGACAGAAAGGAGAGGUACCCAUAGACCUGCCUCAGAAAAUGGAAGAUAGUGACGAAGAUAAUGAGAAAGAAGUUUAUGAUUGGAAGAAAAUGAAAAGGCUAAAAACGAAAGAAUUUAAAGCAAAAAAGAGAGCAAUGAAGGAAAAAGAAAUGGAAAAUGAAAAAGUAAAUAAACCAAUGGAAGAAGGAAAGGAAACAGAAGAAGUAAGCAAACCAAUGGAAGAAGGAAAGGAAACAGAAGAAGUAAGCAAACCAAUGGAAGAAGGAAAGGAAACUGGAGAAGUAAGUAAACCAAUGGAAGAAGGAAAGGAAACUGGAAAAGUAAGUAAAGAAGUAAGCAAACCAGCAAAGAUACCUCUCCGUAAGAAAAUGAGGGUAAUCCGUGGCAAUGUGGCCCAACCUAAGCCGGCUGUCAUAGAGAGUCAAGAAAGAGAGGAGAAGAUGUUAGCAGUCAUGAUGAUACCCAAGAAGAAGAAGAGGUUGUACAAAAUCCUAAAUAGGAAAGAGAAGAGACAAACUGCCAAGGUAAAGCGAUUGACAGAGAAGAGGAAUCUUCUUGAGGAACAAAAGAAGAAAGACAAGGCAAACAAGUUAGCUGGAAGUGUACCAGAGAAAUAAGUUGUCAGAUGAACAGGAAAUUUUUAUUAUGUAUUAUAUGAGGUAGAAAUAUAGUUUAAACCUCA